GUCUACACCAAGUCAAAUAAAUCUCAUUGUCUUGUUUUUGUCAAUAAAGUAAAAGAAAAUAUGGAAGCAUCAAAACAAGCCAUCCUGAUUCCACCUUUGGCCUUUCCUAUUUUCUCACAGGGUUCGUGAUCUCUUUUUACACUCUAAGCUUGAUCACGACAAAGCAUCUCCUUUUUCAUGGAUGCUCAAACCCUUCCAUCCUCUUCCAAACCUAGAUGGAGUUACGACGUCUUUUUGAGUUUCAGAGGUGAAGACACCCGCAAGAAUUUUACCGAUCACCUUUACACCGCCUUGAAGCAAGCAGGAGUUCACACAUUCCGAGAUGACGAAGAGCUUCCAAGGGGAGAGCUUAUCUCUUCCGAACUGAUCAACGCUAUUCGAGCAUCCAGAAUUGCAAUUGUCGUUUUCUCUAAAGACUAUGCUUCUUCUAGAUGGUGCCUUGACGAGCUCGUGGAGAUUUUGCACUGCAAAAAGACCGUGGGUCAGAUAUUUUUUCCGAUAUUUUAUGAUGUGAACCCUUCUGAUGUUCGAAAACAGACCGGAACUUUCGCCGGAGCAUUCGUUAGGCAUGAAGAACGGUUUCGGGCUGAGAUGGAAAGGGUACAAAAGUGGAGGGCAGCUCUUAUCGAAGCUGCAGAUUUUUCCGGCUGGGAUCUCCGGGACGUUGCAAAUGGGUAUGAAUCAAAGUUCAUCAAGAAAAUCCUGGAAGAAGUUUUGCGCAAAGUAAACAAAGUUCAAUUACAUGUUGCCGCACACCCAGUGGGAAUAGACUCUCGUCUUGAACAAAUAAAAGAUUUAUUGAAUCUUGGAACAAAUGAUGUUCGCAUUGUGGGCAUAUAUGGGAUGGGAGGAAUAGGUAAAACCACAAUAGCAAAAGCUGUCUAUAAUGAAAUAUAUCUUGAUUUUGAAGGAAGCAGUUUUCUUUUGAACAUCAAAGAAAUUUCAGAGAAACCCGAUGGCUUGGUACGUUUACAGGAACAGCUACUUUCUGAUGUAUUGAAGACGAAGAAUUUGAAGAUUUCCAAUGUUGAUGGAGGAAUAACUUUGAUUAAGGAAAGAUUUCGCCAUAAAAGAGUUCUCAUUGUUCUUGAUGACGUGGAUCACUUGAACCAACUUUAUUCAUUGGCUGGAGAAUUUGAAUGGUUUGGUCCAGGAAGUAGAGUUAUUGCAACAACUAGGGAUGAACAAAUGCUAACUCUACUAGGAGUAAAUGAAAAAUAUGAGGUUGAAGAAUUGAAUCACGAGGAGUCCCUUCAACUUUUUAGUUGGCAUGCAUUUAGGAUGACUAAUCCAGUAGAAGAGUAUCUAAAGCUUUCGACUGAUGUGGUGGGUUAUGUUGGAGGACUUCCAUUAGCUCUUGAAGUUUUGGGUUCCUCUCUAUUAAGAAGAAGCAUUAUUGAAUGGAAAAGCACGUUGGAAAAAUUACAAAAAGUUCCUGACAAACAGAUUCAGGGGAAGCUUAGAAUAAGUUUUGAUUCACUAGAUGUUACGGAGAAAGACAUAUUCCUUGAUAUUGCAUGUUUCUUUAUUGGUACAGACAAAGAAUAUGUCAACAGAGUACUUGAUGGCUGUUGUUUCUUUCCAGAUAUUGGUCUAAGUAUUCUCAUUCAAAGAUCUCUCCUGACGGUUAAUGAAAGAAAUGAAUUGAGAAUGCAUGAUCUGAUUCGUGACAUGGGAAGAGAGAUUGUUCGUGAAGAGUCACCCAAUGAUCUAGGCGAACGUAAUAGAUUAUGGUUUCAUGAGGAUGUCUUAAAUGUGCUUCGCAAACAUACGGGAACAAAAGCAGUGCAGGGUCUCGUCUUAAAUUUGCCAACACUUGAAGAUGUACAUUUGGAAACCGAAGCAUUUAGAGAGAUGAAGAAUUUGAGAUUACUCCAGAUCGAUGGUGUAUAUCUCAAAGGAUGUUAUGAGCUUCUUCCCAAAGAGCUCAAAUGGCUUUGUUGGCAUAAGUGUCCUCUGCAAUUUUUACCACCAAAUUUCCAACUCGAGAGCCUUGCUGUCCUUGACAUGCAGCAUAGUCAUGUCAAACAAGUUUGGAGGGAGAUCAAAAUAUUCAACAAGUUGAAAUUCUUAAAUAUGAGCAAUUCCAUAAAUCUCACCAAAUCACCGAACUUAUUGGGAGUCCCUCUAUUGGAGAUAAUGAUACUUGAAGGUUGUACUAGUUUGACUGAGAUUCACGAGUCUAUUGGACAUCUGAAAAGCCUUGUUUUGCUUAAUUUGAAAGGAUGCAAGAAUCUGAGGCAUCUUCCAAUAAGCAUUUCCAACUCAAAAUCUCUUGAAACUCUCAACUUGUCUGGCUGUUCAAAACUUACGAUGCUACCAGAGGAUUUGGGGUAUAUGAUGGCUCUGAGGGAGUUGCGUGCAGAUAAAACUGCAAUUAAGCGACUCCCAUCCUCCUUUGGUCUUUUGACAAAUCUCCAAACUUUAACAUUAUCUGGAUGCAAAGGAAAAGCCUCGGAAUCUUGGAUCUCGCGAUUAUUAUCUGGGAUAUUACCAAGUUCGAACCCCACGAACUUGCUACCAGCUUCAAUUUCUGGAUUAUGUUCCUUGAGAGAAUUGGAUCUCAGUGACUGCAAUUUACGUGAAGAUGGGAUUCCCAUUGAUUUUGGGAGUUUAUCUUCACUCGAAGAGUUGGAUUUAUCAAGUAACAGUUUUUUAAAGCUACCUACCUGCAUGAGUCGCCUUCCUAAGUUAGCUAAACUUCGUUUGAAUGACUGUAAAAGUCUUCAAUCGAUUGCAGAACUUCCCACAAGUGUAACCGAGUUGAAAGCAGCUCGCUGCACAUCAUUGGAAAGAGUCUCAAAUCUGUUUAACGUGAAACGGUGGUCGUCGAUUAGCCUAUCUGAGUGCAACAAACUGGUUGAGAUUCAAGGUUUGGAGAAGCUACAAUUUGCCAUCACUCACACGGACGAGGGCUACAAUGUGUCAUAUUUUUUCUCAAAGAAUAUUUUCCAGUCCUCAAACUUGCAGAGCCAGUGGAGUUAUCCAUUUCACCCUGGUCGCGACUCUCUAGAUCGGUUCAGCCAUACGAGAGUUGGGUCUUCGAUAUCUUGUUAUGUACCUCCACUUUCAGAGGGUAAAAUCGUGGGGGUGGAUGUUUGCGCUAUUUUUGCACCCAAGAAAGAAACCACAGCUGAGCCCCUGGUACGCACUUUAGAAAUUAAGAGCCGCUUUUUUACUAACCAAUCACAUUGGUUUGAUAAAUUCCGGGAGGUAACAACCUUUAUGACCUCCAUACCCAUGUCAAAUUUCAAAGCUGGGAUGGCAAGUGGAGAGGAAAUAAAUGUGUCUUUCGACUUUGGAGAAGCCUUUGAAGUGAACAAGUGUGGAAUAUCUUUAAGAUUAAUUGAGGAGGCAGAGCCAGAUGUUAUAGAUGAAGAUGAACAGGGAAGUUUGGUCAAAGACGGCGAUUUUGUUACUUGUGCCGAUACUGCAAUGGAUAUGGUGUAUAUGAAGAGGGGUCGUGAUGAGCAUGAGGGAGGAUCAAGCAAUGACUGGUCUAUUCAAGAAAGUUGUCCUAAAAGGUCGAGGAUGGAGGCUGAAGUAUUACAACAAAGUUUCUCCUUUUUCAUGGCUGCUCAGACCCUUUCAUCCCCUCCCAAUCCUUCUUGGAGCCAUGAUGUCUUCCUUAGUUUCAGUGGUGAACACACCCGCAAGAACUUCAUUGACCACCUCUAUGGUGCCCUAAAGCAAGCUGGAAUUCACACCUUUCGAGAUGAAGACGAGCUUCCAAGAGGAGAGCACAUUUCUAGUGAACAGAUCAAUGCUAUUCAAGGAUCCAGAAUUUACAUUGUUGUUUUCUCAAAAGACUAUGCUUCUUCCAGUUGGUGCCUUGACGAGCUUGUGGAGAUCGUGCACUGUAAGAGUGCCCUGAGCCACGCUCUUCUUCCAAUAUUUUUUGAUGUGAUACCCAGAGAUGUCCGAAAUCAGACCCAAACUUUUGCUGAAGCAUUCAUUAACCAUGAAAAGCGGUUUCAGGCUGAGAUGGAGAGGGUGCAGAAGUGGAGAGAAGCUCUUACCGAAGCUGCAAAUGUUUCCGGCUUGGAUCUCCAGAAUGAUGCAAAUGGGUUUGAAUCAAGGCUUAUUGAGAAGAUAGUUGAAGAAAUUUUGUGUAAAGUAAACCAAGUUUGCUUGCAUGUUGCCGUCCACCCUGUAGGAAUAGAUUCUCGUGUUGAAGAGAUGAAAGCUUUAUUAAAUAUUGGAACAAGUGGUGUUCGUGUUGUGGGUAUCUAUGGGAUAGGUGGAAUUGGUAAAACAACCAUAGCUAAAGCCGUCUAUAAUGAACUAUGUAAUGGUUUUGAAGGAAGCAGUUGUCUUCUAAAGAUUAAAGAAAUUUCACAACAACCUGACGGUUUAAUUCAUUUACAAGAACAACUUGUUUCUGAUAUCUUGAAAACAAAGAACUUGAAGUCUGGGAAUGUUGAUGGAGGAAUCAAUGAAAGAUUUUGUCACAAAAGAGUUCUUAUUGUUCUUGAUGAUGUGGAUCAUUUAAAUCAGUUUAGUGCAUUAGUUGGAAACCUCGAGUGGUUGGCUCCAGGAAGUAGGGUUAUUGCUACGACAAGAGAUGAACAUUUGCUUACUGAGCUAGGAGUGAAUGAGAAAUACGAGGUACUGGAAUUGAAUCCUGAGGAGUCCCUUCAACUUUUCAGUUGGCAUGCCUUUAGAAUGGCACAUCCAAGUGAUGGUUUCUUACAGCUUUCGAUUGAUGCAGUGGAUCAUGUUGGAGGAAUUCCUCGUUCUCUUGAAGCUCUGGGUUCCUAUCUUCUAGGAAGAAGCAUUAUUGAAUGGAAAAGCGCAUUAGAAAAAUUACAAAAAAGUCCUCAUAUUAAUAUUCAGAAAAGUACUUACAAUAAGUUGUGAUCUCCUAGCUAGAUGAUACGGCGGCUGGGCAGAUUCCUUGAUAUUGUAUAUAUGUUUCUUUAUCGGUGCAGACAAGGAAAUGUCACCAAUGUACCCGUUGUUUCUAGUUUAGUAUGCCUGGUUUGUUUUCGCAGCCUA